AGUCUGUGGGUACUACGACGACAGGACAAGACAACAUAACCUCAACUAAUUUGGAUAUUUCAUUAUUUUAAAUUUUAAUUAAUUUUAAAUUUGUGAUGCGUGCGAUUACACGCACUUAAAUAAACAAAAAAAAAACGUGAUACGGAUAAAAUCAGAUAAUAAUAGAAAUCAGUAUAUACCCAAUUCAUUCAAGAAAACUUAUUAAAAUUGUGGUGUAAAAUAUUUAAAAAUGAAUUCAAUUUGGUUGCAUCCUGAGUUAUCAGAUGAGAUUAUGAAAGAUGAGGAAAUAUUCAACCGAACUCCAAGCAUUAUCUUAGAUAUUGUUGCUCAAAAGCUUGACAUAACAAAACUAGUGGAGAACAUGGGAAAAGUCCUAACAAACUCUGAAGCUACAAACAGACUCAAAGGCAUGCGGUUUUUCACUAAAAUUUUAAAGGAAAUGCCAAAAAACUAUUUAACUGAGAUACAAGUGAACUUCAUAUCAAAGUUCUACAUUGAUCGACUGAAAGACCACCACAGUAUAAUUCCAGCAGUUCUAGACGGUUACUUAGCGAUUAUUGAGAUGGUCAACUAUAAAAUGGAAAAUUGUGGGGAGUUCCUUGUAGCUUUGUUCAGAGAAGUGAGUUGCCAGUCACAAGUCAGGCAAGAUAGAUAUAACAUCUACUUGAUUAUCAAAACUUUGAUGGAGAAGAAUCUGGAUUAUAUGAAAAACCUAGGCCCUGACUUUGUUUAUGGAGUUAUAUCUGCAAUUGAAGGAGAGAGAGACCCGAGAAACCUUAUGUUCCUGUUCAAUUUCCUACCACACUUCAUAUCAAACAUACCACUGGGACAUUUAAAUGAUGAAAUGUUUGAUGUUGUGAGCUGCUACUAUCCUAUAGAUUUCUAUCCCUCGUCUGAUGAUCCAGCUGCGGUGACAAGACAAGACCUUGCAAAGGCCCUCGCUCCAUGCCUAUGUGCCACUCCUAGUUUUGGGGAACAAUGCCUUAUCCUACUGAUAGAAAAGCUGGACUCUAGCUUAAGGUUGGCCAAAAUUGAUUCCUUGCAUUUGUUGAGAGAAACCUGUGCGACAUUUAAACCGGAAAGCUAUGCUCCUUUCCUGAAAACCCUAUGGGCUUCAAUUCACAGGGAACUGACCAAUAAGAGUGAUGAAGAGCUGAGAAUGGCUGCUCAUGAGGCUCUUUCAUCCCUUGUAAAGAAUAUCUCAGUCACCGUCAACACCGACCAAGCAUUUGAGAAUUUUGUCAAAGGCAUAAUUAUAUCAAUGCAAACUGCAAUUGCAGAAGCAACAACUCUAGCCCAAUUCACUCAAGCUACAAGAGUCUUAUUGACCACAGCCAAUGCAUCAAAGGAAUCAUGCAUCAUUGUAACAAAUUCUAUGAUUCCAGCCACGAUAGCUUACUACAGCUUCAAUAAUACCCCUAAACUGCAGCAUGCUGCUAUAGAGUUCCUUGGUGACAUAUAUGAUAUAGCUAAGUACUGGAAGGUAACUCAAGAACUAGCCUCGCAGUUGGACGAAAUACCUCAACUGUGCCUUACAGCUGUUAGUCAAACCUCCAAGGAGUUUCAAAUUGCUGGGUUGAAAACUUUAAUAAGAGUGCUACCAGUUUUGAAAUCAGAUCUUAUUGUGCCGUUUGUAGAGGUCCUUAUACACAAUGUUAAACAUGCCCAAGAUAAUGACUUGCUGAGUGUUAGUGUUGAAGCUGUGCACGCUAUAGCCAUGAAAUAUCCUGAAGAAAUCAUGAGUCUAGUACUCAAAGGUAAAUGUGACUUGGAACAUUUGACUGAAGACAAAGUGGGAUUAGAUAAAAGGUUGAAUCUCCUCUGCAAUCUUGCUAGCAUAGAUGAGUUUACUAAAAUAAUUGUUGAAGAGAUGCUUACAAUUAUAACUAAAAACAAGGAUGACGCUGAUAAAGUAGUGAAGGCUUUAAGCGCCUCUAUAUCUAACACUAGCCUUUACAGUCAAGAGAAAGUGACACAGAUUGAGAGUGACUAUGGGUUAGUAGACUCAGUGAUCAUCUGGCUAUUAAAGGAAAUAGCUGAUACAACCGCCCCAGAAUCCUUAGCCCAUGGCUAUUCCCUUGUUGCGACGACCAUAAGCAAUUUACCUGAAGCCAAGCAGAUUGCUAUUCUUGAUAAACACACACAUAAUAUACUAGAAAGAUGCAAGGAGGAUGAAGUAUACUUCCUAAUGCUAGAAUCUCUGUAUAAUUCGUUACACCAAAGCGUGCAUAACUCUAGUUUUCAUGAAGUCAUGAUGUUGGCAUUGAAUUUGAGUUUGCGAAGUGAGCAAGAGAUCAUUCGUAGUACGGCCUGUAUUUUAAUAGCGCAUUUUCUGAACAAAGCUGAGUACGGAGCGAAGUUUGAAGUGCUUUACGAAACGUUGAAGACAUAUCUAUCUUCUUGCAAUAAGGAAAACAUAGACUCAAUGUGUGUUAGAUUAAUCUCGCUGUAUGGAUGGAUAACUAAAGCCCUGAUACUGCGAGGCAGCGAUAUGUUCCUGUUUUGGUUGCAAAAAAUAAUGGUGGCACUUCUAAACCCAGAAUGUUGCAGCGAAGGAGCGAAAGCCAUCAAGCUCAUUCUCAGCUAUAGCCCGGACUGUCUGACAGACAAACAACAUUGUCGUAUAAGCCUCCUGUACCGACAGAGAAUGUUCCAGACGUUUGCCCAACUCACCGAGAAACUAAGCAAUAUGGAUAAAAGGGUUAAAGAAGCGUAUUUGUUGAGCUGGGCUUACAUAUUGGAGAAGGCACCUAAGAGUGUAUUAAAUAGCGAGGCUUUUAAGAUAUCGCCGCUAGUGAUCGAAUCCCUAGAACACGAUCACCAGGACCUUCUCCUAGUGAUGGUGGACAUCCUGUGUCACAUCAUACAGAGCAACCAGGUGGUGAUAGCGGGCAGUCUGCAGACCAUACUGCCGCGGCUUGUGAAGCUUUCCACUUAUUUUAAGUCUAUGGACGUCAGAAUAAAAAGCCUGCAAUGCCUAUACGAAAUAGCCAACGUGUAUUCCACGGCAUUACUCCUUCCGCACAAACAGGACAUGCUAUUAGAUUUAGCGCCAUCUCUUGACGAUAAGAAGAGAUUAGUUCGCAACAUGGCGGUGAGGGCGCGAACUCGCUGGUAUCUGAUUGGCGCUCCCGGCGAGGCGAAGGAGAAUUGACCAAUCACAAGCCGCCAUUCAAAUUGUUAACCAAUAGUCUGGAUAGAAUUAGCGUUCCGUUUUCACAUCACAUUUCUUGAAGAAAAU